AGCGCUUGGGUGUAAAAUAGUUCAUUAUACUCCUGUUUCUCUACAGUGACAGGAGCCAGGGUUCACCAUGUAAAUAAAUACUAUUUGCCUCAUUACAACAUCCAGCACGUCUAUGUAGCUAAAGCUAUCUUAAAGCAAUGUCUCAGGCAUCAAGCAGUGGAUUUAUAACCAACUUUUUAGACUCAUUAAACUUUUCAGACGUCUGGUUCCUAUGACCCGCCACCGUGAACAAACAAUUCUGACUCUCGUCUUUGAUCAAAGAGCGUUCUUGAUGCUAUUAGACUUUAACGUGAACUCAGAGACUUUAAAACUUUAAAUCAGAAGCCAUGGCGCCUGAGCAGCAAAUCCGAAUCACCUCCCUCUGUGGAAGCCUCUUCGUCUUCCAGCGUAGGCGCAUAAGUCCAAAAGGUUCCGAGAUCACAUUCUGGAGGAUGGCCUUCGGCCAGGACUCUGGUGGCUUCUUCAACAAGGAUGGCCGGAUCAGCACCGUGUACAAGAGUGCCUCCAGAGAUGUUGACAUAGUUCAUUGCACCUCAGCUGUGGACAUCAAGACGAGGCAGAAGGUGCCUUGCAUUUUAUUGAGGCAGCGCAAAAAGGCGAGCCAGGGCUUCAAGUACAUGCUUUACUCUUUGGAUGGCUCAGCCAGCGGCAAGCUCCACGUAGAGCUUGUGCUGCCUUUCGAGGUAGACGACCGUGUCUUGAUAUUCCAUGGGCCCACUUUGGUGUGGAGUCACGAGGACAGGGUCUUCUACACGUCCUCAGAACUUGGUGGGGUGGUAGAGCUCCCCGUUCGUUUGAAUGUCAGCUUCAUUGGAGAGUUGCCUCUUUGUCAAAGAAGAAUAGGCAUUCUAGGUUUAGAAAAACAAUCAUCCGGGGAAGCCACCAGGGGAAACAAAGUCCUCCUGUACUUGCUUGAGGAUGGCAGAACCUUCGGCGGGAUGUGCCUUUUGCCUGAGGCCUACAGCUCGGUCGUUCGAUGUAUGACGGUGCUCUCGGCCAAAGAGGCGGACGGGUUGCUGAGGUCUACCGUCCUGGCCGCCACUUGCAGGAAACAGCUGGUGCGUUUUGAGAACGGGUUACCCGAAGAUGUGUGUGUUCUCCCAUAUGAGCACCCUCGGAGCAUCCGGAUUGUCCACGUCGGAGAUGGUGGCUGCAUCAUUGCUGUCGUUUUCGACCAUGGCAAUGUGUGUGCAGUGUGGAAAGACAGUUUUAAGAUUGCAGACUGCUGGACGGGGGUCAGUGACCUGCUGGUGGAUGACUUUGUGGGCUGCGGAUCAGAACAGAUUCUGCUGCUGUUUGAAGAUGCCACAAAAGAAGUCCUCGGAGAGUUCCUGCUCACUGACCUCUGCGGUGUCCGUUACUCGCGUGGAAGAGUGGAGAGUGAAGACCUAGAUCAGAGUGAUCCUGCCCAGGAGAACGUUGUUCUGACGGUUAAAGCUUUAGACACCAGACUUCAGAGCGGCCUGGCCUUCCUGCAGGAGCUCCAGAGAGAUCUGAGUGUUAAGGAGCGAGUUCUGCAGCAGUCCGUGACGGCCCUGGCGGAUCUGGUGUCAGACAGAGAGCACGUCCCACCGCUUCCACAGCAGGAGGGGCUGGUGUGUCUGUGGGAUGAAGAGAGUGAGGAAGAGGAGGAGGAGUAUGUUCCGAAUGAGAAGAUGCAGAUGGAGACUGAGGAACGUCCUCCUGAAGUGAAGAGAUUCUGGCACCGAGUCGUCGGGGAAAGCUUGAUCCUCGGAGUUCUCUUCACAUCAAACACUGACCCGUCGGAGGAGAACGUGACUGCAUCCGUUCUGUUGGAGCCAAGUGGUGGUGUGGCGGCCAGUGUAGUCCAGAGCCUGAGUAAAACCCUGCCGUAUCCCGAGCUCCUGUCCACGGCAGGCCUGGACCCUCCUGCUGCUAAAAGAAGCAGGAUGCCUGCUGGUGUUUCGGAAGCCCACAGACCCCCGCAGCUGGCGGUGCUAACGGUUACUGACCUCACACCACUGCUGACCUCCAGCAGGGUCACCUGCUCCAUCCUCCUCCAUUCUCCAACAUCUAAACCAGGACCUGCUGUGCACCAGUGCGGUCGGGUCAGUCUGGAUAUAAAGGACGUGCUCCAGGGGGCGCUACAGCCUCGCCUGCUGACAGACUGCAGCGUAGACUCGGAUGAGUCCAGGGAGGACCUGCUGAGCCUGCUGGCAGCGUUUGAGCCCCGGCUGUUCCUCAUCGAGAGCUCAGAGCACACGGUGGUGGACGUGUCCGUGUGGCUGGUGGACAGACUGGGGGCUAAACCGGUGGGAGUCAGUCCUCAGUACCUGCUGAUUAAGUCUACACAGCCGUCCUCCGCCCUGCUCUUCCACUGGCAGCCCUGCGGCCCCUUCCAGGCGCUGCUCCGAGUCCACGGCAGUGGUCAGUUUGCUGUUUUGCGUUUCUUGGACUCCCUCUGUGAGUUUCUGCCGGCCUCUCAUAACAUCCAGCCCCUCAGGAGCUCUGCUCGUCGGGGGGGAAGCCAGGACCCCGCCUCAUUUCUGGGAACAGAGAUUCGGAUGAUAAAAGAGGGCGUGGCCUCCCUCCUGCGUGACGGACAGGAUAGACGGAGAUUUGGGGUCGGGACUUGGAGGGACUCCACCUCUCCAGAGCGGCUCCACCGCUGCAGGGAGGAGUGGCAGAGAGAGCAAGAGAGAAGCAGCAGGGUGCUGCACCCCCUGGUGGACGCCUCGCAGUACCGCAAGCUGAUGGACAACCUGAUUCAGAAGCAGCUGGAUGGGGACAUCGCCGCCCUAGUGGAGGCACGGAAUAGUGAGGGCUGAAGCUGGUGAGGGACGACGCCCCGUCUUCUGGUCGCCACGGAGACAGGCGGUGAAGUCCGGUCCUUGCUGAGCGAUUUUUCUGCCUCUGGGUUGUUUUUACGGUGAGGCUGCCGGCAGCGCGGACAGGCUCUCUGCCGUUUCCCCUGAGCUUCACGGCUCUAAUACUUCACCGACAUUUUUCUGAGAAAACACUUAAGCUGCCCUCGGGACUCGGGCUGCUGGAGACGACCCCGUCAGCUCUCGUUCUGCUGCGUGCCAUCCACCACACGCACACAGGGCACAGAUGGUAAAGCGAUGGCUUGGCGAAAAAACAUAUUUACCCAGUUUUUCUGCCUUUCCUCAAAUGCAGUGGAUCACUUUAGUGUCUGAAAUUUGCUUCUUUGGUUUUAGCACUGGAGCUACGAGACUAAUGCAGUUAACAAGUAAUGGAAGCCUAUAAUCCACCAACUAGUGCGACGCUGUUGCCUCAAACUGUAUCUGUAAAAGAUGUGACUGUUGUUUCCGACGCUGUAUGAGGCACUGUGGCCUGUAAGGGAUGCACCGAUCCAGCUUUCGCUCCUGAUACCGAUUCCGAUACCCGAACUAAAUACUUGAUACACAACCAAUUUCUUUUUCUUCCAUUUAAAAUCUGCAUACCUUUAUAAAAUACGCAGUGACAAUUAAAGAGUUUAAUCCAGAAA